UCAAAGUCCAUUUUUAAAGAGACAGUACAUGAUAAAUUUUGAUAUUCAAAUUGUGACAUAAUGUAAGGACCAGCCUGGGACUUGAACUCUUGUUCAUGCUGUUCUGGACACUGUUGCACUUACCAUGUGAGCCACUGCAGGCUCUUGGGGCUGGUCCUGAUCUUGUCUUUGAUGUUCCUGUAUUUCUGCCUGUUUCCAGCUGGUCUUGUCCCUUCUGUUUACCUUCAUGUGUUUUCUAUUCCCAAUUACCUGCCCGUUAUAAACCCCUGCCCUGAGCUUUGCGGGGUCAUUGAUUGAAUUUGUUUGUUCCUAGAUAACCUUCGUUCCAGUGUUCUUGUUCCUGUUCCUGUGAUCUUGGUCCAGCAUUCCUUGCAUUCCUGGUACUUGGAGAAGUGGGUCCUUCACAAGAUGGGAAAGGAUAAGGUUAAUCCAUACAGCUGGAAGAACACUGAUUCCCACAGGGGGAAGUAACCCUGGAACCUGGUCAUUAUGAACAAGAUCGGAGUGCACUUAAAAGGAAAGAAUGGGAGAGAAGGACACAAGAAGUCCAACAAGAUGAAGACCUGUUUGCUUCUGGCUUUAAUCUGUUUGGAGAACCAUACAAGACAAACAAAGGGGAUGCUCUUGCAAACCGUGUUCAGAAUACCUUGGGAAAUUAUGAUGAAAUGAAGGACUUAUUAACAAAUCACAACAAUCAAAGCCAUCUUGUAGGAAUUCCAAAGAAUUCAGUGCCACAGACACCAACUCCAGUAGAGAAAAAUGAGCAGACCUUUUUUCCAGAUCAAAGAAACAGGCUGGCCCCAUGUCAGCAAAACAGUAUCCAUCCAUCAUCCUUAAUGCCACCACCCUCUUCGCUGGCCCCAAAUACAACCUUGACGCACAACCAUGAAGGGUCUAGGAAGACCCAAUCACGUGUGGAUUGGGCACAUGGAGGACACACCUCUUCUUGUACACAAUCUAACCAGCUCAGCAGUCAACCAAGCAGAUUAAAACACAAUUCUUCACAUGAUUUGCUACAAAUAAGAUAUGAGGACCUUUACAACUGCCAAAAUGAGCAAUACAAAAGUGGUGUUAUUGAUGAACUUGUACCUGCUACCACAUCAACGCACUCCAGAAGGCACAACCACUCUAAAGCAUUAAGUGGUGAACAUGUCUUUAAAGAGAACGCUCAUUCAAAAUCACCAAUUGACUCUGAAAUCCUAGGGCAUGGCUCUGUCUCUCCCCUUCCAUCUACAUCAUUAUUAGCUGCAAACAAUAGCCUCUCCUCUCAGAACUUUCCUCCAGGAAUACACAGUAAAACAAGCAUGGUGCAGCAAAAGCCUACAGCUUACGUAAGGCCAAUGGAUGGUCAGGAUCAAGUACCCAAUGACUCUCCUGAACUGAAGCCAUUAACAGAAAUAGAUGAUGGAUAUAACAACCCUCUAUUUGGAGCACUGUUAGAGGGGAAAGUCAGUGUACCUGUUACUAAGAGCAAACUGCCAAAGCUUACAAUUCCCCAAGGAAACGAGGUUAGUCUUCCAAAUGAUCCCAACUGUGUAGAAGAAAUCUUACGGGAAAUGACACAUUCAUGGCCUCCUCCGCUGACUGCAAUUCACACCCCAUGUAAAGCUGAGCAGACCAAGUUUGCGAUUCCUAGUAAGGACUCUCAACAUCUGACCUCAGGAUACAACAUACAAAAGAGAUGUGAUGUCACUAUAAAAACUACAGCAAAAUCUGCUCCACAAAAAUCUAUGCUUGAAGAUGACUUAAAGCUCAGCAGCGAUGAAGAAGACAGUGAACAGGCAAAUGAAAAAACAAAGCAGAGAAACAUUCCAGUAAACGGACUUCCUUUGCAAGCAGUGCACGGUGCCAACCUUGUGAAUUCCAGUGGAGGCUCAGGAAGCUCAAGUGAAUCUGAGAGCAGCUCGGAAUCAGAUUCUGAUAGUGAGAGCAGCUCCAGCGACAGUGAGUGUAAUGAACAAGCACGCAGUGCAACCCCUGAGCCUGAUCCACCUUCUACAAACAAAUGGCAGCUAGAUAAGUGGCUAAAUAAAGUUAAUCCACACAAUAAAACAAUAAUUAGCAGUCACAAUGAUGUUCAUUCUGAAAACAACCCUGAGACUCAAAAUAACCAGCAGGCUGGGGGAAAAGAGAAAAUUGAACUUGACAACAUUAUUUCCCAGCCUGAUUCCAAAGAAUUACUGAGCCCAGUAAGGGAAAAAAACAAGCCAAGGGCCACACAAAAAAACUCUGAUUCAAAACUCUUAAAACAAAAAUCACCAGCUCCCAAUGAACCAGUCACUCAACGAGCAACUGCUAAAAAGCAGCCGAAAAAGGUUGAAAGAACUUCUAGUGUAGAAGAAAACACAUGGAACAAACCAAAUCCCACUUGCAGCACUCCCAAAGAAAAAGAGGUACGAGAAACCCCAGAGCAACCAAAAACGAGGACAAAAACCACUGUUGCUAAAACUGCUCCUAGAAAAGAACAAAGGACUAGUGCAGGAAGUUCUUCUGAAAAAAAGAAAACCAGGGGAACCAGCAAAAUUGUUCCCAAAUCUAGAGAAUUUGUUGAGACAGAUUCUACAUCUGAUUCCAACACUGACCAAGAAGAAGUGCUUCAGGUUAAAAUUUCAACAGCAUGCAGUGGGCCUUCUAAUCCCAUCAAAUCAAAAGACUGCAGCAGCAACAUUUUAAGUGUAAGCAGUUUAACCAGCAAUAGCAGUAGCAUAUCUGCAGAUCAAACAAAUAAUGACCUGGAGGAGCAUUUUUUCUCACCUCUUCCUGUUAUCCAGGCUGAGCUCCUUUCUCCUUUGCGGGAUUUUGAAGAAGUAAAAUCUUUAUGGGUCAAAAUAGAUCUCACAUUGUUAUCAAGGAUACCUGGGCAAGAGACUUUUGAUGUGUUGUCCUUGAAGAAUGACCCAAGAGAGUCAGGUUUUAAACACAAACAUCAAAUAAUGAACGCAACAGUGGAGAAAACUUCCACCAAAUCUAGAAAGAAGCACAAGCAAACUGAAAGCUCUGAUACACAGAGUGAUAGCAAAAGGCAGAGACUGGAGGACAAUGCUGCACCAUGUUUACUUCCUCCGUGUAUAUCUCCAAUACCCUGCACCAGGAUCACCAGCACUAAAGAAACAAAAAGGACAACAAAGAAAAGAGAGGAGAAAGCAUUUCCUCCUCUGCUGUCACCAUUAGGCGAUGAGCCAACCUGUAGAAGGCAUUCCAGUGAUAAUGGCUCCUUCAGCCAGGAGAGCAGUGUUACAACCUCUAUGCAUACAGCCAGCACAUCGACGCGGCACAGAAAGAACAGCAAUAUGGCAGCUAAUGCAAAAAUAAGCUGUGAGGAAGAUCACAGCAGGUCCACAGGUUCUGUUAUUGAGAACAUCGAUCAUGAUCACUCAGUAACUACAUUAACCAAUGGAAACAUUGAUUAUCGAAGAUCGAAAAUAACUUUUGAUGAUACAUUACAUAAUGCUGACUAUUACAUGCAGGAAGCUAAAAGACUGAAGCACAAAGCUGAUGCACUGAUGGAGAAGUUUGGCAAAGCUGUCAAUUAUGCAGAUGCUGCCCUCUCUUUCAUUGAGUGUGGAAAUGCCAUGGAGCGAGAUCCAUUAGAAGCAAAAUCCCCAUACACAAUGUAUUCAGAGACUGUGGAACUCAUCAGGUAUGCUAUGAGACUGAAGAAUUUCACAGGCUCAGCUGCCACUGAAGGAGAAAAGAAGUUAGCGGUUUUAUGCUACCGAUGCUUGUCAUUACUCUACUUGAGGAUGUUUAAGCUAAAGAAGGACCAUGCUAUGAAGUACUCCAGAUCGCUGAUGGAAUAUUUUAAGAACUCCUCGAAAUCUUCACAAGCACCCUCUCCAUGGGGAGGCAAUGGAAAAAAUACUGAAACACCAUCUCCAGUGUCACUUAGCCCGUCUCCUGUGAGUAGUGUUGGAAAUAGUACUGGGACAGGAGCUUCCUCAUCCACAGGCACCGUAUCCAUCCCCCAGAGGAUUCAUCACAUGGCAGCCAGCCAUGUUAACAUCACUAACAAUGUCUUACGGAGUUACGAACACUGGGACAUGGCCGACAAACUUACAAAGGAAAACAAAGAGUUCUUUCAAGACCUUGAUACAGUGAUGGAGCCUUUAACACAACACAGCUCUAUGACCUACCUGGUCCGUUAUGUUCGUCAAGGACUUCACUGGUUGCGCAUUGAAUCUCACUUGUUGUAAUGUGCUCUACCCCCAUACCAGAGUCUCACUCUGCCAGUGCAUGGACAUUUACUGGUGGAAAUCCACUCAUCUCCUUGACUUCAUUUUUAAUAUUUUGUCUGUUGGAAGUGUAUAUUAAGUCAACAGAAAUGGCAGCUCACUAGUAGAAUUAGCUACUCCGCUCCUUUCAAUAUGCCUUGCGUCUUCUGGAUCUUUCAUUCCUAUGUGCUUUAUGAAACAAUACUUUUUUUUG